AUGGACGACCAACCACAGCCGCAUCCGCCGGUCCCAAGCAUCCCCGCCGACGCCAAACCCACCUCGACCCGCGGUUUGCGCCCGCGACGACGAAGCUCUGUGCCCGCAGUCCCAGCCGACAUACACGUGAAAAAGCGCUCCGCCAACAUAAUCCGCACCCAGACCGCUUCGCCAGAAGUCAUCUCGUCCCUGAUCGACUCGCUGUCCGCCAUAUCCGCCUCCAAGGAUAACUACUUCGAGAACCUGCCGCUUGGCUACGGCGAGAGCCUCUCUGUUCCUGCGAGCCCGUACGAGCGUCAGGAUGCCGGAUCAACGUUCAGCGCCCACCAGAAUCUGAGCAGGCAGACAUCCCACCUGACCAUCGACGACGCAUGCGAGCCGCCCGUGAUAAGAACCGCGAAACCGCCCUCGGGCUUGUCCCCCUUGACUGCGCCGAAGAAAAAGGACAAGGAGAAUUCUUUGAGGAGCUACAUGAGCAGAGGAGGAGGGAGUUCGGCUUCGGUACACUCGGCGCAAUCUCUACGAUCGGUGAGCAGCAUUGGCAAUAUUAGCAUAGAAGCGGGAAUUCCAAGGAAGCCAUCGGACAGCAGCACCAGGACAUCUGCUGAGAGCAAGCGUAGCGCAAAAGCACAUCGCAGCCUGAUGUACAUGCCUUCGCGGGAGAGGCUGAGGUUAAAGGAUGCGGAGCGAAAACGCCACACCAUACAGGCACAAGCAACAGAAGCUGCAGUAUUGCCCGAUAUCGCGAGGAAGCCUGUGCAGCAACGUUUGUUUGCAGAGGACACCAUCAACGAGGAGCCUGUCAUUGCAGAAUCGUCGCGAGCUGCCAGGUCUCGUCCAACCCGCAGUAUCCUCAAUUUUGUGGACGGCAAUGAUGGAGGGAGUCCGACAGAACACAAUCUAAUCCCAGAACGAGGCUCGUCGCUACGGCACUCUGGCUCGCCGUCGCGAAAGAGUAAGAAAAGCGAUGGGCGCAGGUCGACUCGCCAUGACUCGUAUAGAACGAGCACUGUUCCUGAAGAAGACGAGCUCGUCGAUCAGGGGAUCACGCCAGACAACGAAAUUUUGAAGGAGCUCGAAGAAAACGACGACGACGUUGCGCGCAGGAUCCGUGAACUCAGAAAGCAGAAGAUGCUGCGUGACAAAAUAGCCGGCAAGCAGCCUGUCGGCGUCCAUGCAGGGGCUUCCUUAAGCGGCGCCCGCGUUUCACCCGGUGCAACCAUAGCGACUUCCCCAACAUCGUCUGUAUCAAGCAUGUCUGAGAAGCGAAUACAGGACCCCACGAAAGCACACAGAGUGCUAGGAAUCCCAAUGCCACACAAUGCGCCCGAGAAGCGAGAAACCCAGGAAACAAAUGUUCACGAAGCAAGUAAUAAGACCGACAGGGCCAGGAAGCAGGUACAUGGGCACACACGGACCAGGAGCUCAACUGCAAACGACAUUGACGAAAUUACCCCGCUUCCGAUCAAUUAUAGACUCGCACUCCAGUCUCUUGAACGGCUCGACACUAAUCCUCCGCCACCAAGCAGUGGAAACACCUCGACUACUACCAGCGAGAGGCCCAGCAGCACGCCGCCGAGACGGUCAAAAUCUAUGGCGGUAGGAGGACGAUCUGCGGCCGGCCGCAAGUCGACGACCAACUCGAUGAUCAUAGGCGCAACCGAGGAGCACAGGUCGAGCACAGGUGUAACCACCCGUGAGAGCAGCGACAGCAUUCCAAGGCAGAUUCGCUCCGCUAGUGAAGAGCUUGCAACUCGACGCGAGUCCGUGGGCAUACCUCCAUCUACUUCGACCAGCCUCCAGCAGCGGCGGACGGUCAAGAAAAAGCGAUGGUCCCACCCAGACCUACCUGCGAAAGCAGAGAAGUCGCACAAUGCCAAGGUUGAUGCCCUCAAUGCUGCAACCGAAAGGGGAGUGCAGAUUCGCGCAGUACCCGUUCAGAGUCCACCUCAGUCCGUCAUUGAAGAAAGGCCAACAAGCAUCGAUUCCAUUGAUAUGGAGGUUGAAGGAUACCUCAAUUCGCCGCGCUUGUCGCAGAAGAUACGCCAUCCUCAAACCGGGCGCAUCAUCUCAUUUUCCGAGGUAGGCGACCCUCAAGGCUUUGCUGUCUUCGUCUGCGUGGGCAUGGGCCUGACAAGAUAUGUGAUGGCGUUCUACGAUCAACUGGCUCUCACACUGAAGUUGCGACUGAUCACUCCUGAUCGUCCUGGUAUUGGAGGGAGUCAAGUUGAUCCAAAUGGGACCCCUCUAAGUUGGCCAGACGAUGUUUUAGUCAUCUGUCAGACACUCAAGAUUACAAAGUUCUCUCUCCUGGCGCACUCAGCAGGCGCAGUGUACGCCCUUGCCACGUCACUGCGCAUGCCCCAGCACAUUCGUGGCCAAGUGCACCUUCUCGCGCCAUGGAUCCCGCCUUCCCAAAUGGCGCCCAUCGGCAUGAACCAGGACCAGCCUCCAACGCAACAGCUUCCCAGGUCUCAACGCUUCCUCCGCGCUUUACCACCAUCUCUACUGAAGGUUGCCAACUCGACGUUCCUGAGCGCAACCAGUGCAAGCCUCCAGCGCACUGGACCAAAGAAUUCUCCUAAAACUAAGAGGAAGAGCGUCAGCCCGGCAUUCGAUACGACUCCACAAGAUCAACCAGCCAUGCGACCAGAGUUCAAGGAUUCCAGACGCGAGUCCAUGAUGAAGAUGGACCAAGUCAUUCCCAACGCCAGCUCUCUAUCACUCGCCCUUGCCAACCCCGCAGACCCGAACUAUGAGAGGGCCAGGCAGAUGAAGGAAGCUCUCACAUCUGCCGAACGUCAACGACAACAUGAGUUCGACGAACGCCUCACAUUUGCCAUCUGGGACCGUGCGACGGCACACGCAAACCCUGCAACCGAUCUCAUUGUGUGCUUGGAGACCAAGCAGACUAUCGGAUUCCGAUACGAGGACAUCAACCGUUCCGUGGUCAUACACCACGGCAGCAAGGACACUCGCGUCCCGGUGGACAACGUCCGAUGGCUAGGUCGUCUGAUGCGCAAAUGCGAGGUCAGGAUCCUCGAAGGAGAGCAGCACGGCCUCAUGGCGAGCGCACAGGUCAUGGGCAACGUGCUCACGGAGAUGGCGAGUGACUGGGAAGACUGGACUACUGUUGUGCAGGGCAAGGCGAUUGGAGAGCGAAGCAUUUCACGAAAGCGUACGGCAGAGCGGUUGAGAAAUAUCGCUUCACGACACGGCCGCGAAACAACUACAACGACUUGA